UCGAAGCGCGAUGACAAGGAGGUUUGGAUCCAGACCACCAAUGUGCAGGUCCUCCUCGCCGCUCUCGAGUGCGGCCUGAGCACCACCGCGCUGUUUCCUUCCCAGAACGCGGGUCUCGCGGAGGAAUGGCGCAAGGUGGGCAGGUUCAGCGCACUGGCGCUCACCGAGGAUGGUACGGUGACCGAGGAGGACGGAGACUUCUACCGCGCGGUGGGGAUCACCUUGAAGGUCAACGGGCCCGAAGACGUAGACGCCAUCGCCAGAAUGGCCGGCGUGGAACCUCUGGUGGUGGUGGACUCAUCUGCGUGGAGGAUCAUACCGGCGGAGAACUUGGUGGCCAAGUUUGGCGCCACCGACGAGAGCCGACUGUUUUCGGUUUCCGAGACGGCCAAGGACGCGGAGGCGAUGUUCGAGGCGCUGGAGACGGGCGUGGACGGCGUCGUCCUGCGUACCGAUGACCCGGCGGAGCCGAGGGAGCUCGCGGCGUACCUGAAGAAACGGGGUAUGAUUGGCGGCGGGGGAGAAGGACCGGGAAAAUUAGAGCUAACCCCGGCGGCGGUGACCCGGGUCGAGACCGUCGGUACGGGCGACAGGGUCUGCGUGGACUGCGCAUCCGCGUUCCAUCCCGGCGAGGGGCUGCUCGUCGGUUCUUUCGCCACCGGUCUGUUCCUGGUUCACAGCGAGUGCCUGGACGCGGAGGGUUACGUCAACUCCAGACCUUUCCGGGUCAACGCGGGGGCCUUGUGCUCUUACGUCGUGACGCCCGGGGGCAAAACCGCGUACCUGUCCGAGCUCAGGGUUGGAGACGACGUGACGUGCGUGAAUCGGGACGGGGAGACGCGCGUCAUGACCGUCGGUCGCGUGAAAGUCGAGCAGCGACAGAUGGUGCUGGUCGAGGCGGAGUCCCUGGUCGGGGGAGUGCGAACGGGGAAGAGGUUCGCGGCGUUGCUGCAAAACGCAGAGACGGUUCGGCUGGUGACGGCGUCCGGGGAGAAGGAGCGGGUGGUGUCGGUGUCGACCCUGGACGUCGGUGACGUGGUGUUAGUACAUCUGCAGGAGGGCGCGAGGCACACGGGGCUGAAGAUUGUGGAGGAGGAGUGGUACGAGCAGUAG